AUCUCAAGCAGCACAUGGCCCAGAAGCUGCUGGCAUUGAAAACCCGGCGUUACCAUCCGGGCAGGGCACCCCACAGCUGGGCACACGAGAUUGACAGCUGUGCCAUUUGCCUGGACCAGUUUCAGAGGAAUCAGUGUCUCCGGGUGCUGCCCUGCCUGCACGAAUUCCACCGAGACUGCGUCGACCCCUGGCUUCUCCUGCAACAGACUUGCCCUCUCUGUAAACACAACGUUCUCGGAAACUGUUGCUGAGAAAGGUAGCAAAACCUGUUCUUCUUGCACUCAAGGGAAGAGCGCAUCUCCCCUAGAAGCCAUUCUCUAGAGAACAAUGUUUCCCGCCCCCCUCAAACGUGGCUGCUUCUUAAGACGGGUGGACUUCAACUCCCAGAAUUCCCCCAGCCAUCCCUCAAACCAGAAUUCUGGGGAGUUGAAGUCCACCCGUGUUAAAAAGCGUCCAUGUUUGAGAGAAACGCUGCCCUUGGGUUUUGGACGGUCUCUGGGUUUGCUUCGACCAGAGAAGUUGCUGCUCCGGAGCCCCGCCAGGACAAGGAACGACGGCCGCAGAUGUAAACAAGGCGUCCCUCUCUUCCGUCGGCCUUGUUUGUGCAUCCUCUCCUGCCACCAUCACCACCCCGGACUGAAAUCCGUGCCCUUAUCGGCGUGCGUGUGUUCUCCGGACAUUUUUGUGCAGCGUGGAUUCCGAGCUGGGUGUCCCCGUCUCGUGGAGGGACGAAGACGAUGGCCGACACGACGUGAGGUUUCCAACCGUCUCCUUUUUAGUGACGAUUUGCAAAGGGGAAAAAAACCGAGAUUCAGCCGGUUGGGGUGGGAGGGGACGGAGGGUUGAAAUUUGUUUCUUUAUUUAUACUAACUUAUUUGGGAAAGAGUUGGGGAGGGUCUUGGGACGAUGUCUUGGAAAAAGCU